AUGACGAACCCAAACCAAGACGGAUCCGACGUCGUUACUACCGUCUUCCUCUCCAACCUCCAUUGCAGCAGUUGUGUGCUCUCCAUACAGAAUGCUUUGGCGUCGCUCUCGCCGGCUCCGACGUCCGUGGACGUGUCCAUCGUGACGCAGACGGUCACUAUCAGACACCCCGAGGGGCUAUCUUCAGCGGCGAUUAACGAAGCCAUAGACGACGCCGGAUUCGAUAUUGUCUCCGACCCGGAUGACGACGGCCCACCACGAACGCCGCACACGCCACUCACACCUCUCGCGUCUCUAUCGCUCUCCAGCAACCUCGCUCGGCUCGGCACUUCGUUCACGCCCAAGAAGCAAAAACACUUCGAGCAUUGUGCAGCAUGCCAGGCCGAGCAAAGGGGAAGUCUCGAGCGCGAAGCGGAGUCCUCUUCGAUGGCGCAAGAGAAGCACGAGAAAGGCAGCUUCGUAGAUGAAGGCGAGAUCCAUGACUUCCCUGAGAAGACCGUUACAUCCCCGCAGAAGGCAGCAGGGACUCCUCCUGCACCGGCGUCCGUAGCCGACGACGGUCGGCAACGGGUCACGCUGUCUAUUGGCGGAAUGACGUGCGCGUCCUGUUCGAACGCGCUUACCCAUGCCCUCUCGGAGUUGCCUGGUGUGUCUGAUGUAGUCGUUAACCUUCUGGGUAACUCUGCGACGCUCAACGUGGACAGUGCUGGCCUCGUCCCUACUGUCACCGAGACUGUCGAGGACGUUGGCUAUGAGGCGGAGGUCAUCAGCGUCGAGCCGCUGUACGUCCCUCCCGCUCCGAAGGUAGCGAAUAUUGCAGAGGCGGAGGGGCCGCAGCGAGUCACUUUGUCUGUCGGCGGCAUGACUGUGCCGCGCGUACCCGGCGUGUCCGACCCCGUCGUUAACCUGUUGGGCGCGUCUGCUACGCUGGUCGUCGAGAACAAAGACGUUGUUCCACAAGCCGUCGAGGCCAUAGAAGAUGCCGGAUACGAGGCGGAGGUCAUGAGCGUCGAGCCCGUGAAGUCCGAGAAGGACAAGUCACCAGAGAUAGGGCCGCGUAUCGUUACCCUCCGCGUGGACGGCAUGUUCUGCAGUCACUGCCCAGAGAAAGUUAUGAACGCUCUCUCUUCGUUUGGCGAUAAAGUCACUAUCCUCAAACCUAUUACGGACCACACCGACAACAUCCUCCGCAUAUCCUACGCCCCAUGCGCUCCUACCUUCACUCUGCGACAUAUCAUUGACCGAAUCUCAUCCGUGACCUCACCCAGUGGAGCAUCAUUCACCGCGUCUGUCCAUCACCCGCCUUCGCUCGAGGACCGUGCCAGGCGCAUGCAACAGCGCGAACAGCGGCACCUGCUGGAGCGCCUGUUGUUUGCCAUCAUCGCUGCCAUACCUACCUUCAUUAUCGGUAUUGUGUGUAUGGACCUCCUUCCAUCCGACCAGCCCGGACGGAUGUGGUUUAUGGAGCCUUUCUGGACAGGCAACACCUCGAGAGCGUCAUGGGCACUCUUCUUCUGUGCGACGCCGGUCAUGUUCUACAGUGCCGGUAUGUUCCAUCGCAGAAGUCUGAAGGAGAUUUGGGCACUCUGGAGGCCCGGCAGCCGAAUGCCUGUGUGGAAGAGGUUUAUAAGGUUCGGCAGCAUGAACCUUUUGGUUUCCUCCGGAGUUUCCGUUGCAUAUUUCGCCUCCAUCGCAUUGUUGGCACUGGGAGCGGCUCAGCCCGCAUCGACGUCUGGGAAGGGUGACACGACGACUUACUUUGAUUCCGUAGUGUUUUUGACCAUGUUUUUGCUCAUCGGUCGAUACUUGGAGGCGUACAGUAAGGGUCGGACAGCCGAUGCCAUAACGGCGCUCGGAAAGCUGCGACCUACAUCCGCUCUCAUCGUCGUCCCUGCAUCCGAAGCGAAAGAAGACAAUACUCCAUCACCUAGCGGUUCCACGCUCGGAGACGUCGACCUCGAAAAAGGCGAUGCCAUACGAGAAGAGGCGGACUUAACCGCAGCCAUCGGAACGAAGAUCGAGAGAAUCGAUGCCGAGCUUCUUGAGGUCGGAGAUAUCGUCCGGGUACAACAUGGAGGAAGCCCUCCUGCUGACGGGACCAUUGUUGCGGGAGACAGCGGUGCUUUCGACGAGAGCUCGCUCACUGGCGAGUCGAGACUGGUCAAGAAGCAGGUCGGUGACGACGUCUUCCUCGGGACGAUCAACAAGGGAGGCGUCGUGGAUGUGAGAGUGGACGCGAUCGGCGGCGAGACGAUGCUCGAUCACGUCGUCAAGGUCGUCCGCGAAGGACAGACCCGCCGCGCGCCCAUCGAGCGCGUCGCUGAUAUGAUUACGGGCUACUUCGUCCCUGUCGUAACUCUCCUGGCCAUCAUCACCUGGGUUACCUGGCUUGGACUCGGACUAGGCGGCGCACUACCUCCGAGCUAUCUGGAUAUCGACGUCGGUGGUUGGGUGGUAUGGUCGCUGGAAUUCGCUAUUGCCGUUUUCGUCGUUGCGUGCCCAUGCGGGAUCGGGCUGGCAGCGCCCACGGCGUUACUUGUCGGUUCGGGCCUUGCCGCGAAGUACGGCAUCCUCGCGCGAGGAGGCGGAGAGGCAUUCCAGGAGGCGGCCCAGCUCGACAUCGUCGUAUUCGACAAGACUGGCACACUCACCGAGGGUGGCGAGCCGAAGGUGACCGACGUCGAGAUUGUGGGGCAACCGGAGGGAUCGAAGUGGACACGCGAAGUCAUCCUCGGCAUCGCUGCAGAAGUCGAGUCUGCGAGCUCACAUCCAUUGGCAACGGCCAUUCGCCAAUACUGUUUAGACAAUGCAGCGUCGUCGCAGAGCGGCUCCGCAUUCGACGAGACGCCUGGAAGAGGUUUGAAAGCCGCGUUCGGCUCGCUCAACUGCUCCGCUAUCAUUGGCAACGAAGCCUGGAUGAAGGAGCAUGGCUGCUUCGUCGAUGGGAAGUUGGCUAACAAGCUCGAUACGUGGAAGUCGGAAGGCAAGAGUGUGGUCCUGCUUGGCAUAUGCGACGAGUCGGCAGAAGUGCCUGCUUUCUCUGUGGUCGGCCUGUUCGCUAUCGCGGACCCGCUUAGGCCUGAGGCGAAGAGCGUCAUCGAGCACCUACAUGGUCAAGGCAUUGGGACAUGGAUGAUCUCCGGAGAUAAUGAGACCACUGCGAAGGCGGUUGCCCGGAUGGUGGGUAUCUCGGAAACCAAUGUCAUCGCUGGUGUCUUGCCGCAUGAAAAAGCAGACAGGAUUCGGUGGUUGCAGCAGGUCGGCAUGAAGAGAGUACAACCAUCAAUCAGGCGUUUAUUCGGCAAGCAGAAGUUGAACGAACGAUGCGUUGUAGCCAUGGUCGGCGACGGCAUCAAUGAUGCUCCUGCCCUCACCGCUGCUGACGUCGGCAUUGCCAUUGGGUCAGGCAGCGACGUGGCCAUUUCCAGCGCGGCCUUUAUCCUCGUGUCGGCAAACCUAUACACACUGCUGACCCUGACGGACUUGUCGCGCAAGAUCUUCAAUCGGGUGAAGUUCAACUUCCAUCGCUGUCCCCAUAGCUGCGGGGUUAUCUACCCUGCUGGGAAUGCCAGGCUACCCCCGGCAUGGGCGUCGCUGCUUAUGGCCCUAUCUUCUGUCUCUGUGGUCUGCAGUUCACUUGCCCUGAAACUUUACAAGCCGCCUGCAUCUGCACUCGCACAAUGA